AAUUGUCUGUCAGAGUAUGAAAUUCGUUUAAUCCAGAUAUUCUAUAUCUUUAGAGUAUAGCCUUAACACCUACACGCUCCGCAAGAUUCCACAGGCUCCUCUAAAUUUUUGAGUAAUUCCACUUAAAUUUUUGGUGGAGCUAGAGCAACCAUCUUGUGCCGUAGCCAGAAAGUGUGACCGCCAUGUGGUAUUCUACGGGAAACAACCAGCAGAUGGCACUCAUCAGUCAGGGCUACCAGAUCCUGGCCGAGUAUAAUUUGGUGAAGGAGGAGCUGAAGAACAUCUAUGCUAUUCCCAGCUAUGUCUGCGGAUUGCACUGGUUCGGCGUGAUCUUCGUGCACGGUGGAAUCUAUGCGGGCAGCGUCUUCCGCUUCUCUAUUCUGCUGCCGGAAAACUUUCCGGACACCGCCACCCUGCCCACUGUGGUCUUCGCCACCGUGAUUCUGCAUCCGCACAUUUGUCCGCAAACCAAGACCCUCGACCUGUCGCCCCUUUUCACGGAGUGGCGCAAGGAUCAGCACCACAUCUGGCACUUACUGCGGUACAUUCAGGCGAUCUUUGCAGAUCCCGAGGGCAGUAUCUGCACUGGACAAUCGCCAGCCGGCGACUUGGUCGUCAUGGAUGAGGUCAACAAUAUGGAGGCCUUGAAUAUGCUGGCCAAGAGUCGGCCGGAAUACGUCAAACGGGUCCAGGAACAGGCCACAUCCUCGCAGCUCCACAUUUACGACCGUCCGCUGACAGAUGAUCCGCACUAUAUCAUCGUAGAGCCGUAUUGUGCGGAACGGCACAUCAGGUUCAUGGACCAGCUCAAUAGUCCCAGCUGGAAAGAGGCCACCUCCGUGGUCUGCUCUCAUCCGUCGGAGUACAUGGGACACAUCGAUUCCGCCAGACAGCUGGACGAUGAAGAGGCCAAUAAGAUUAUUGGAGUAGCUCCACCACGGGUGGAACCAGGAAUCUCAGCAUGAAGAGGCUGUGGUUUCUUAGUAGCUUAAGAUGAGUCAGGCUCAAACGCAACAUGUCACACUUACUAAUACAAAAAGGCAAUAAAAUUGAUUAAGUAAAUUUAAUAAA